CCAGAAUUCGAUGCACGAUUGGGCAGCCGCCCUCUUUCAGAUGAUUGUUUGGGCGCUCUUAGCGGACUGCAUCUCACGUCAGUAUGCCUCUCUUCUUUGUUGGCCGGAGGCUUCUCCACCUGGCGGCAGGCCGGCCUAUCAGAAUCAAGCAUCAUCUGUCUGUCAACGCGUGUGGUCCAUUGGGCGGUUCAACCAGUGCAGAAUGGCCUCAGUCGCUCAAGCAUGAUCAACAGCCUGUGCUGUCCGAUGGGGUGGUGGUGCCUGGCGCCGCUGCUGUGCCCUGCACUGCCCCCUGGCCCCGCCCAUGGCGCACCUGCUCCACCACCGCAGGGCCCCUGGUUGAAGACAACCAGGGGACUUCAGAAGGGCCGGAGGAGAUGCGCCACCCACCACGCGGCACCGAUGGCAGAGAAUGCAAUGCUGCACCCCAGGCCUCUGAGGGGAGGCAAGACACAUCUCAGGGGGGCCUACCGGGGUCCAGUCAAGCGGAGGGAAAAAGAGUUCGGAGCCCAAAACCCCAGGAUGUCCCCUUUAGAUCUGCCGCCUCCUCAAACCCCAACCUCCUGCGGAGCAGGCAAACAGACUGUAGGAACCAGCGGCGUGAGUCUGCGGAGGGCCCUGGGCACACGUGGGCGAUGGUGGAGAAGGCGAUGCGCAGCGCUCAGCGGGGGCCACGGCCGGAGCGGAGUCGGCCGUCGGACCCGCAGCUGCUGGCGCUGUGGGACGUGGUGCGCAGCGGAGACAAGGAGGCGGCCAGGCAGGGGCUGCGCAGACUGCUGGAGGAGCGGGGCAGGAUGACCAUCAGGGACUUCAACUACCUGCUCAAAGCAUGCGCGGCGGGGGGGCAAGAUACGGAGUUGGGUUUAUACGUGUAUGCCACCAUGACGGAGCAUGGCGUCACCCCUGACGCCAAGAGCGUUGCCUGGAUGCUUCGCCUGUUUGUGAGAGCACGCCAGUCGGACGAGGCGCUGCCAUGGUUGGCGCAGGCACGUGCAUCGCUACGCAGCCUGGAGGACCGCGAGGCGGGGGUGCUGCGCUCCCCUGCCUACUUCCUGAACGUGCUGCUGGGGGAGUGCAUUACGCGCCGUGACUGGGCCACUGCAGGGCGCUAUGCGGACGAGCUAGGCCACUAUGGCAUGGACGGACAGACGUACCUCCUCCUCCUUCAGAUUGCGGGGCUGGAGCAGCAGCCCCAGACAGUAGCCCUCACAUGGGCGGCCCUGCAGGAGGCCCGCGGCGUGCCCACCCCCGAGCAGCGCUCUGUGUACAUCCAGGCCCUGGCACGCUGCGGCCAGCUGGACGAUGCAGUGCGGGAACUGUGGCGGUGGGGCGGGACGAUCCAGGGAGCACAGGACGACCGUAGAGGCAGCGAGGAGGAUGACGGUUGGGAGAGCGGUCAGCAGAGGGGUCAAGGUGGGGCGGGAAGCAGCCAAGACCCGGCCAUAGACGUGGAUGACGGGGCUGGCCCGCUGCCUGUCGAGCUGGGGCCUGAGGAGGUGGGGGCACGAGGGGUGGAUGGGGGUGACGAGGGGGGCGAGGCGCGGCAUCGUGGGCUGUGGUGGGAGGCGCCGCCUCCUCGCAGCACGAGCAAGAGCACGCUGGCGCACCUGCGCGUGGCAUACAAUGCGGUGAUCGCCGCAGCGUCGCGAGCCAAGGACGUGGAAAGGGCCAAGGACUUGUUCGCCGAGAUGCGGCGCGCCGACCUGCAGCCGGACCGCUACACAUACAACGCCCUCCUGAGAGCGGUGGCUACCACACGGAACCUAGAGGACACACAGCGCGUGGCUGGCGGCAUCCGGCCGGACGAGCACACGGUGGCCACGCUGGUCGACGCGCACGCGGGCGCGGGCCAGCUGGAGCAGGCCGCGCAGCUGCUGGAGGGGGCCACCGCCACCACCACGGAGGCGCCCUUCUACACCGUUGCGUACAACACGCUGCUGGACGCAUGGGCAAACCAGGGAGACCCAGAGCGCGCGAUGAAAAUGUUCCAGCAGAUGAGGGCACACCACGUGGCCCCCGACGCGUGCACCUACCGGGCCCUCUUCCAGGCCUUUCACCGGAGCCGCCUUGCCGCCAGCCACGGGGAUACUGGCGCCGGCGAAAGUGAGGAGCGGGCAGUGCAGGAGCAGCUGUUGCGGCUGGAGGGGGACAUGCGCGCCAGUGGAGUGCGGCACACACCGCAAACGCUAACAGCUCUGGUGGCGGCACUAGGCCCGGCAAGUCUGGGGCUGCUGCUGGAGCGGGUCGCCCAUGCGCGGCAGGCCGGCCCUGACAGCGCGGCCGCCGCUCCCCUGGACGCCGCAUUCUUUGCCGUCGCCAUCGGGGUGUGCGCCACCGCCAAGCAGCUGGACCCCGCGGGUGCGCUGUGGGCGGACAUGCUGGCCCUCGGGGUGCGCCCCGACGUGGCGGCCUACAACGCGGCCAUCAACUGCUGCGCGGAGAUGCGCGAGCUGCAGCGCGGCCUGCGCCUUGCGGACGAAGCGCUGCGGGCGGGGCUGCACGUGGACGGUGCCACACUGAACAUCGUCAUCAAGCUGUGCUGUUUCUGCGGGCAAUACCGCGCGGCGCUGCCGCUGCUGUUCCGUGCGGAGGCUGCCGGUGCACACAGCGACGUGGUGGGCUACAACCUGCUGCUGCGCGCGGCCGCGAUCGCGCGCGACACGGCCACGCUGGAGCAACUGCUGGAGCGCAUGAAGCGCCGCGGCGUUGCGCCCGACGGCGACACGUGCCUGACCACCGUGACCUCGUACGUGAGCGAGGGCUGCCCGGACCACGCGGCAGAGGCGCUGGACGCACUGACGGCCAGGAUGUUCGGCCACGGGGACGCAACAGUAGAGCCGCACGGGGGCCUCGUGCCAGAAGCAGCGGAGGCCAGCGCGCAGACGGGGGAGGCGGUGCCCCACGUGCGGGAUCAGCGGGAGGAAGGGCUUUCGAGCCGUGUCUCAAACGGGGAGGAGGGUAGGAGCAGAUUGUGGGGCCCGCACGAAGCAGUGCAGCGCGGGUUGCACGUGGGCCGCACAGUUGCGCCGGAGGAGGACUGGGAGUUCGUGGCGGACAACGUGGUGCCCGAGGGGCGCGAAGCCGAGGAGGAGGACGCGGCGACAGCGGAGGUGACGCGGGCGGCCAUGCUGUACCCGAGCGCGGAGGCCCGCAACGAGUUCCUAGCGCGCAUGGUGGCCGUCUCGGGGGGCGGCUUCGAAGGGGCUCCGCCCGCGUGGGAGCAGAGGGCCGUCGCGCUGCGGGAGAUUGACUGGAACGGGUGGGCGCGCAGGCUGAGGGAACAGUACGAUGCACGGAAAGCGGGCAGGCUGCGGCCCAAGGAAGUGUCGAGAGGGAUGCCACCCUGAUUGCGGACGCUGCGUAGGAAUGUCCCAUUGCAGGCGGAAAGAGCCGUUGUUGAGAACUUGAGUCAUUGAGGAGGCCGUUGUUGCACAGUCACUUGGCAGUAUCAUGCGGCAGCCGCGCGCAGGCUAGCUAAUCUCGGAAGGUACAUGCAUCCCGGAGUCCAGUCCCA